UUAAGUUUCAUUUGCUGAGUACAGAAAGGACAUAAAACAUCACAAUGAGCUCAUCUAAAGAAUAUAUGAAUGGCUAUGUCCACCUGGAAGAAUCGGACAUGUAUGAGUCAGAUGGCAAGCUGUUUCUUACUGAGGCUUUCAGUGUGAUUAUGGAGGAGAUACUUCACAAAGGAACUGACUUGAAGGAGAAGGUGUGUGAGUGGAAAGAUCCCGAUCAGCUGAGAGCUCUUCUGGACCUUGAUCUCAGAGAGCAUGGAGAAUCUCACAAGCAGUUACUGCAGAGGGUUCGAGAUGUGGCCAGAUACAGUGUUAAGACCUGUCAUCCUCGGUUCUUCAAUCAGCUGUUUGCUGGUGUGGACUACCAUGCAUUGACAGGACGGCUCCUCACUGAAUCCCUCAACACCAGCCAAUACACCUAUGAAGUGGCUCCGGUGUUUGUCCUGAUGGAGGAGGAAGUGCUCUGUAAGCUUCGCUCUCUGGUUGGCUGGUCAGAAGGAGACGGGAUAUUUUGUCCUGGGGGUUCAAUGUCCAACAUGUAUGCCAUGAACGCUGCACGGUACUGGGCCUUCCCUCAAGUGAAGACACAAGGCUUGUGGGCCACACCACGAAUGGCUAUAUUUACAUCACAACAGAGUCAUUACUCAAUGAAAAAAGCAGCUGCUUUCCUUGGUAUUGGAACGGACAACAUUUUCAUUGUAAAAGUGGAUGAAAGUGGCAGCAUGAUACCAAAGGACCUGGAGGCACAAAUCGUGCAGGCAAAAUCACAAGAUGCUGUCCCAUUUUUUGUUAAUGCCACAGCGGGUACCACAGUGCAGGGUGCCUUUGAUCCUCUGAACCGCAUAGCUGACAUAAGUGAAAGAAACGGCAUGUGGAUGCACGUUGAUGCCGCUUGGGGAGGAAGCGUGCUGUUUUCCAAAAAACAUAAACAUCUGGUUGCAGGAAUAGAAAGAGCAAACUCUGUGACUUGGAACCCUCACAAAAUGCUUCUGGCGGGAUUGCAGUGCUCUGUGGUUUUGUUCAGAGAUACCACGAAUCUGUUAAUGCACUGUCACAGUGCCAAGGCAACCUACUUAUUCCAGCAAGACAAGUUCUACGAUACAAGUCUAGACACGGGAGACAAAUCCAUCCAGUGUGGCCGCAAGGUGGAUUGUUUGAAGCUGUGGUUGAUGUGGAAGGCAAUAGGAACACAUGGUCUUUCAGAGCGAGUGGAGAAGGCCUUUGCCCUCGCAAGGUAUUUAGUUGAAGAAAUGGAGAAGAGGGACAAUUUCAAGUUGGUCUGUAAGGGGCAUUUUGUGAACGUUUGCUUCUGGUUCAUUCCACCCAGUCUGAGAGGGAAGGAGAACAGUGCAGAUUACCAGGAAAGGUUAUCAAAGGUGGCGCCAGUCAUUAAAGAGAGAAUGAUGAAGCGUGGCACGAUGAUGGUGGGAUACCAGCCCAUGGAUGGACACGUCAACUUCUUCCGUAUGGUUGUUGUUUCUCCUCAGCUGACCACCAAGGACAUGGAUUUCUUCCUUGAUGAGAUAGAGGAACUAGGAAAGGACCUGUAGUUCGUUUUAAUAUCUAUGCUCUACCAAUAGACUAUGUCACAUUACCCCCCUCAUCUUGUCAUUUUUAAAGUUGCAAUUUUCUAAAGGUUGCUAAAAUGUUGACUUAUAAGCGGUUCAUAAUACUGACUUCAAUGAGUAAGCUCGCAAAAAAAUAUGCAUCUACAGAGGUCAUGAAGUGAAUGAAUCUCAUAGAUUCUGGCCGACCUAAGUAUUGAAUUCAUUUAGAAAACCUAAUUUUAGGUAGCCUAUUAGGGCCUUUACUAAUGAGUCUGAUUAUAUAAAUCAUGUGUAUUAAAUAAGGCCGACAUCCAAGAUGUGCACUGCAGAGGCCUCCAGAACCAGGAUUGAGACGCACCGUGUCUGUACAUGUGAUGUCAGCAAACCUGAAUGUGCAAAUUCAGGUGAUUGAAUGUGAUUGAUUCACAGGUAGAAAGUGUUUCUGACUGGCUAAAGCAUGGGCUGUUCCCCUUACUCUCUCUCUCUCUCUCUCUCUCUCUCUCUCUUCUCUCAGAGUCAAGGGCUGGAAACAGGAGUGAUUUUUUUGUUGCACACUUGUUUCAGUGAUGUCUGUUAAUAAGGUGAUUUUAUGUGUACUGUUAAAAAAUAGCUUUAAAUUUAAGUACUCAAAAGAUUUUUUUUUUUUUUUUGGUGUCCAUAAUUUAAUAAGGAUAUUUUAUAAGUUAGUUAAUAGUAUAGUGACUUGAUUGUAUUAAACGCAUUGUCUGCACAAUUUUGCUUUAGUCUCCUUUAUAAAGGAGAAUUACCCAAACAAUAGGUCAAUAUACAUAGGCUCAACAUGUCCCUUGAAGCUGAAAGCUUCAUUUGUUGUCACUUGUUUUACUUUGUAUUGAAAUUUGUAAAUUAAAACGUCAAUAUUUGUCACUAAAACCUUUAUAUUAGAAAUGAUAUAAUUAUAUUUUCUCGUUUCCAAAUAUAAAAUAAAAGUUACUUUUAGCAAGCACCACAACAUUUGACAUUUUAAUAAAAUAAAUUCCCUCAUU